AGUAAAGCAGAUUGGACUGACCGGUGUUUCUUCCCGUGGCGUGUGCUGAAUAUUCUUUAAACCAUUCACUGGAGGAUUGGAGGACUUUACAUUUUUUGCGCCUGCAUACGUCCUCCAUUACGCUGUGUAUAAAGUACAUGAUGUCUUACUAGCCUACAUAACAGUGACAUGAGCAUGGGAGGGGCUGCUGCAAAACACCCUGAUAGAAUGAAUGCAAAGAGCCAAAAGAACACUUCCUGUUGAUGCAAAAAUUGCAGCAGCAACUGUCUGACACAUCUGGACUGGAGAGGGGGGGAGGCCUGGCUGUAGUGUUAGCGAACUACUGAGGGGAAUGGACAACGUUUAAUGCUAAUCUGCAAGACGGCUGUCGACAAACUGGAGAAACACAUUGAAGACAUGGACGACGGCAGCUACAUCGAGUUUGAUGUGCCGGAGUUCAGCAACACUGUUCUGACCCAGCUCAAUGAGCUGCGGCUACAGGGGAAGUUGUGUGACAUCAUUGUUCACAUUCAGGGCCAGCCAUUUCGAGCCCACAAGGCGGUGCUGGCAGCUAGCUCACCCUACUUUCGUGACCACUCAGCUCUCAGCACCAUGAGCGGCCUUUCCAUUUCGGUCAUCAAGAGCCCCGAGGUGUUCGAGCAGCUUCUUGCGUUCUGCUACACAGGUCACAUGUCCCUGCAGCUCAAAGAUAUUAUAAGUUUCCUCACCGCCGCCAGCUUCCUGCAGAUGCAAGCCAUAAUUGAUAAGUGUACCCAAAUUCUGGAGAGCAUCCACUCCAAGAUCAGCAUCCCAGUCGGUGUCUGCAGCCCAGAGAAGGAAGACUUACAGAACAGCCGCAAUGGGGUCAAUGAUAGCAACCUCUUUGUAAAUCCUACCCAGAUCUCCCCCCCUUACUACUCCCGGCAGGGUCAGGCAGGACAUGAAGCACGUUUGGAGCUGGCUGGAAAAGUCCUGAGCCGUGUGCGACAGCAGCAGGAGGAAGGCCAGUCGGACCGAGGCAGUAGCGACAGUAUCUCAGAGCAUGAAGCUCCCAUAGAGGGAGAAACUGAGCAAGUGGAACUGAUCGGGAAAGACGGUCAAGUAACAGAUGUGCAUGUGAAGAUAGAGAAGACCGACAGGCCGACUUACUCAGACAGUUCCUCAGCUGGUGAUGAUGGCUACCACACAGAAAUGGUAGAUGGAGAACAGGUAUUAGCUGUUAGUGUGGGCUCUUAUGGUCCUGUCAUUCAAUCUGCUGCCUAUUCUUACUCAGGGCUGUCCUCCCCAUGCUUUGUAAACCUUAGCAGCUCCAGUCCCUCCCGCUCCAUGCUCAGUGGGUUCAGAGGUGGACGAGCUAGGGCAAAGCGUCCUCUGGCCAUCCCAGCCGGGGUGUUAAGUCAUAUCAAACAAGGGUCAGAAGACAGUGAAUCAGUCGUGGGACCUACAGGCCUGGAGAAUGACGUACGCGAGCGCAGCCUGCGAAGCCAGUGGUAUCCUUACAAUGAGAGACUCAUUUGUAUCUACUGCGGAAAGACCUUCAAUCAGAAAGGGAGCCUGGACCGCCACAUGCGCCUGCACAUGGGAAUCACCCCGUUUGUUUGUAAAUUCUGUGGCAAGAAGUACACAAGGAAAGACCAGCUGGAGUACCACAUCCGUGGCCACACGGACAACAAGCCCUUUCACUGUCAGAUCUGUGGCAAAUGCUUCCCAUUUCAGGGCACCCUUAACCAGCACCUGAGGAAGAAGCACAUGGGAGCAUCAGAGAGCAGCAAUCAUGUGGACUCUCCAGAGAGGACGGAGGGAAGCUCGGGGCAAAAGGACCAAGAGGAUACGUCUGAGGUGAUGGCCUUUGAGGCACAAUAUGCAGAAGAGGCACCGGCCGAUGAUAUAGAGGAGAGUUCAAAAUGCAGUCCAGAGGAGUCUCAAGCAUCUAGAUGUGAUUUUUAAGUCCUGCUUCAGGUUAAGGAAGCUUUAAGAAAUGUUAAUUUCAACUCAACUUAAAGGACUUUUUUCUUUUUGAAUCAGCUCCCUGUAUAAUGGACAUAUCUUGUGUCGAGGGUUUUUGUCAAUUUUGUGAAAGUUAGAUGUUGAAUGCAGAGAGCAAAUGGGUGCUUUAUAGAAUUUUGAUUCUUUCAAGCAAAGGGAGUAACAACUUACUAUUUUUGAGGAGGUCCCAAUAAUCAAGGCCCCCUUAUUGAUUUAUCUUUUUAUCUUUCCAUGUUUUUUAAAACAUAUUUACAGAGUUAUAUAGGCAUGUUGCAAUAAUUGAUAAUGUGAAAGCUCUGGUAAGAUGCUUGUCAUAUCACCUUUUUACCUGACCUGUUUUUGCACAUGUGGCCAUAGGGGGUCACUAACUCACAAGGAAUGAUUUUUCUGCCAGUGCAAAGCUUCGUGUGACAUAUCCGCUCAAUACCUCAUGAUGCAACUACAUAUUCAUAAUAGACAGUAUUUAAACUUAAACUCACCAGGUUCUACCUCAUAGCCAAGAACCUACCAGGCACCCGUGUUCACCGUUAAAAAUCCGUUUUAGGUUGUAUGUACCGUAUCUUAUUGCCAAACCCUGUAAAGAAUAUUCUCUUUCAACACAAAGCCUUGAUACUUAGGGGAAAUAUUCCUUGCUGAUUGUAUGGAUAGUGGGACAAAGUCCUUGUCAAAUGUUUCAUGGUCAGCCAGGUUAAAAUGAUGAUUAAGAAGGUGCUAUGCUAGGAGUGCAUUAAAUUUGCUAGCUUAUAUGUGUUUGUUUUUUGGAAAAUGCAGAGAAUAGAGUAAGAGAAUGGCCCUGUAUACUUUCAAGGUAGGAUUUUUGCCGUCUUACAAGAUUUGUCUACAAAACACUUAAGGAUUUUAACUCAUCACUACUGCGGCUCUCUCUCUGUUGGCCAAAGCGUGGUUUUUCAAGUGCUGUCAUCCAUGUAAUGGGUGAAUUACGUCCAUACAGUGAAGUCAUUUGUAUUCCUCUAUACUCUUACGGCAGAUUUAUACCGAACUAUUGUAUGUGUAACUUGUUUUGUCCUGAGGUAGGCUUCUGGGUUAAUACUCGGUGUCUAACAGUCACUAGAGUAUACAUCGUCAACUCAGCACAGUAAGAACAGGUCUGGAUCUGUUCACAUAAAUUAAUAGUACACUAGUCUGAAUAAUAUGCAAAUAGAACGAACAAAGGAAUCUCAGCCAUUUGACAUGUUUUUCUUCCAUAAUUUGAAACAUAAAGACAUUGGUUGUUUCCUUUUAUUGUCCUACCUUUUUGGAUUGGACAAUUGAUCUGUGGUCUUUGUCCUCUGCAUGGUUUGGGGUCAAACUAGCAGACUUCAAACAUAUUUUCCUCACUUGUCAAUCCAGCGUUAUGGUAUUGGCACAGCAUGGUGGCUUAGUUAGAUAAGUAGUAACAAGUAAAUGUUUUCAGAAGACGCUGGUGAUCCAAAGUAUUGAUGCACUUUGCAGAGUUAGUGUCGGGAUAGGUGCUAUUCCGAUGGGUCAAUUUGAUAAUAUCCGUCUUAAAUCUGAUGCCGCAGUAGCAGUGUCAGAGUAGUACUUGCUUCACAACAAGUAUCCUUCUGGCUGAAUACAGUACAACUGAAGACUCUGCAAUCACAUAAAUACUAUUGGCUAAGUCUUGCAUAUGACAUCACUGUAUUUUAUCGAUACUAUUUGAAGGAUGGGUGAUAUAAUAGGGGUGCUUUUAGCAUAUAGUGACUUGAUUUUAUUUUCAUUAUGAUUUUUAAGAGUCUACACUCACAUGAACACAUACAAGGGCACUUAUGGGGCCUCAUUGAUUCACAUUUUGCUAUUUUAAAGCUUAGCUGGGUGGUUCCUUUUGUGCUAUCCUGCAUUGGUUUUUACUAUCCAGCUGUUUAAUGCCUUUUUGUAGGAGCGCCUCCUGUCCAUUUUUAUUUUUGGCCCACCUGGUCAAUGCUGAACUUGUGUCAAAGAAUUGAGUUUAAUUAUUCUACAAUUUUCAUAUAAUUUUCUACUUUUUGCGCGGUUUGUGGGAGAGUUUUAUGUUUUUGUUGCUUAUGUCUUAUGUUACAUCAAGAGUGCAGUUCAUUUUUACACUGAAUGUGCAGCCAACAUCUUUGCUAAUUUAAAGGCCUGAUAGCAAACCAAAUUUUAGAAAUUUUUUUGCAAGAAUCAGUAUAGCUAGCUUUUCGUUAUCUUUUUGUGUACAAAUUUUUAUCCAAACCAGUUUUCGUUACCAUCACCCAGAGUCUGUCAACCUAUACAGUACUUUUUAGAUGAAUGUGUUUACUAAGUCAAGAUUAUUUCUGCCAGAUGCUGAUGUGAUGUGCUCAUUUGACAGCGGAUCUGACCUCACCAAAAUCACUUGCUGAAUCAUUAGAAUCUGCCUAGGAUGAUUCGUGUCCUUCAUUUAGGAAAAAGAAAGUAAUGCAUACCUAGGAGUUUUGUCAGUAAUGUUUAGCAAGCAAAAGCAUUCAGACUGCUUAAAAAAUUUUGUGCCAAGAAUUCACACCAAAGACAAAUAGGUGAUUUAUAAAAGUAACUUUUUGACUGUAUUUGCGUAACUGAAUGCUUAUUAAGAUCAGUGGGUUGUUAAUUUAAUGUAGGCAUAGUUCACUGCUAUUUGAAAGGAAUGUACGUUCCCCCGCUUAAAACAAUCACUUCUUUAAAAAUUGAAAUAAUUAGCAAAAGGCGUUAAGCAGUUAAGUCAUAAGUAACAUCAUUUAGUAAGCCAUAAAAAGCUGACAUUAUAAAAGUUGUGCAAUACGUAUUGUAAUUGUUAAAAGCCAAUGUUAACAAAAGACAAAAUACCUAGCAAAAAGUGGCAUCUUACACUUAGUGCCUUGCCACAAGCUUUACACUUUAGAUUCUGGCACUUAGGUUUCUGUGCCUCUUUCCUAUUGAUUGAAUAUAGAUUAUAAGAAAAUAUGGCCACAUAAUCUCUUGUAAAGUGGUAGUAAGAAUGAAUACUAAGUUGGUCAUGUCAUUUUUGUCCCUUUUGUAAUUCUUAAAGCUCAGUUCCUGCCCGUUUUUUUUUUUUUUUUUUUUGGUUUUGUAUCAUUUUAUUACUUUUUCUUUUUUUUUUUUUUUUUAAUUUUAGCAAUGGGACAUACUGAUUUUAUAGUAACAUGAUUUUGUAGCAAUCAAUUACAAUCAAAUAAGGCAGACCUGUUCCCUGAAUGAUACUGCCUCAUGUUCAGAGACUACUGUAUCCUCCGUCACUAACCACUGAGGACAAUCUUAGCAGUGUAUUGUAGUUUUAAUAAUUUCAACAGAGGGAGGAGGCGCAUGAGAAACACACAUGUACUUCCUCUCACUUCUCUCAGAGCAUCUGGCCAGGGAACAGCUGCUUGGGUAUUUAGCAGAUAAUAAACAGAAUAUUUGUGCAGAAUCAAGCUUACCCUCUUAUACUGUAGCUAAAUUGCACGAUGCUAAAUCACAAAAUUGUACAAAGUUGCCAAUUUUAAUUUUUGACUUGACUUCUCUUGUAUUUGUCAUCGAUUGUGCACUUAAAGCUUUUUGUUAUCACAUACGUACAGUUCCAUCCAGGAAGUCUUGUGUAAAUCUGUAGUUACCCUUAAGGGACUCAGCUAUAAUGGCCUCAAUCACUUUAGUAGGGACAUUUUCCCCUAAAUGGUGCUUUUUAGACUAGUCAGGUUUUUGUUUUUUUUUUCCUAAUCAAAACGAUUAAACAAGUCCAUGUAUUCAUCUUAGGUGAACGGAGGGGGAAAUUGUUUAUGCUUUUCUUGAACUAUAGUUACUUAUAAGAUAGUAAACACACACACACACAGAACCAACUGAACUUGACACACACUCGAAUAAACUCAUUGUCAACUCUUGGUUCCACAUUUCUGAGAGGAACAGGAGAUGCAUUAUGGGCCACAAGUAAUCAAAAGGAAGUGUUUACAAGGAAGGCUGUCAGACUACUUUUUUGAAAUAGCAGCUCGUCCUAUUCCUUUUAUAAUAAACUCAUUUCAGGUAGUUUACGAACACUGAUACAGGCUUAGAAAAAAAUCUUAAGUCUUCCAUAGCUUUUCUGUCAGUUUCUGUCCACUGUGUAUUAUUAAAGAAAAAAGCAAUAACCUUUUUAAAAGUGGUGUAUUGGGAUCAUCAAGCCUAUUGAAAUAUUGGCCUGUCGUAUAUAUUUCAAACAAAACGAAUGUCAGGGAGCUGUUGAAUUGAAGUAGGAUCAGGACAGUUUGAUAUUGAUUGAUUUGAUUGAUAUUUUUUAAUAUAUUUUCUGGAACUUUGGACAGGUUGACUUCCUCGUGAGAUUAAAAAAAAAAAAGUGUAACUGAAAAACUAGUGUUGCUUGGCGGCGUUCAAAAUGCUAAUGGUAGUCUGUGAACUGCAACACAAGAACUGAGCGUGUGGUUCAGUUGUAAACUCAGUGGAACUGUUCAGAGUUGCACCUCCAGCUGUGUCAAAAAAAAAAAAGAAAAAAAAGAAAGGGAAUCUGGG